CUGAUUUGGUGUUCUAUUUUACGUGAACAGCUGUGAUUAUUCAGCGAUAGAAUGCCUCGUAAGCCAGAUGGUUUCAAGACACUUGCUAGGUUUUUAAGCACCAGUUUAGGCAAAAAGAUCGCUACGGAUGUAGCUAGCCUGAUCAAUAUUGCCCAGUCUCUUGAUCAAAUUAUCGAGUAUGUGGCUCCACAUGUUCAUCUAGCGGCUCACUCGGCAUUUGAGUUACGGGAAGCAACUCUAUCAGCUACUGCAGCGUCAGAAGCGACUGCUUUGGCCGAGGAGAUUGAGAGAAAAAAAAAGAGGAAAAGAGCUAAAGAUCCAAAUGCUCCUAAACGACCUAUACCAGCAUACGUACUAUUUGUAAAAAGCCAGUAUCAGAAGAUUGCCGAGGAUAAUCCAGAAUUAAAGCCCAAAGACGUUAUGGUUAUUCUGGGUGCCCAUUGGCGUGAUCUAACCGAUACCCAAAAGCAGCCAUACCUUGACAUGGCUGCAACUUAUCGCGAACAGUACACUUUUGAUAUGGAAGCAUACAAGGACAAACUGAGGCUUGAAGAUGUUGCCGGAAAUGAUCACUCUGAUGUUGAAGAAAUUGCCAGCAAUGACCAUUCUGAUGCUGAAGAUGUUGCUAGCAAUGAUCAUUCUGAUGUUGAAAUAGUGGAAGCGGAAGAAGAGGAGAACACCUCAACUGAACCAGUAGCAGAGGAAAUUGAUGACAGCUCGGAAGAGUCUUCUAGUGCAUCUUCAGAUUCAAGCGACACAGACGAAGAACCUGAACAUCUUGCAUCAGCUAUGAUGAAUAAAAAUCAAGUUGAGAAACUCGCUACAGCUGCUGCCGCGGCAGCUUCUUCUCUGGGUUCUAUACCUAUGAUCGGUAAAGCUAAAAAAGAAUCCAAGUCUGUUCUUACCAAGCCUGUUUCAGCGGAUGUUUCUACUAAAUCUGCUUCCGUGAAUACUGCUACCAAAACUGCUUCCGCAAAUACUUCUACCAAAACUGCUUCCGCAAAUACUUCCAUCAAACCUGCUUCUACCAAAUCUGCUUCUGCAAGUGUUCCUACCAAAUCUGCUUCCACAAAUGCUUUCAGCAAAUCUGCUUCUGCGAAUGCUUCCACCAAACCUGUUUCUGCGAAUACUCCCAUCAAGCCUGCUUCCACAAAUGCUUCCGCUAAACUUACUCCUACCAAACCUGCAUCAUCACCUGUCGCGACUUUAGAGAAGCACAAGAAUGGAUCAAACAAACCUCCAUCUACAGCACACAAUGAUAAAAAAAACUCUAGCAAACGUAAGAUAGACUCGGAAACAUUAUCACCCGUUCCAGUAAAGCAACUUAAAUCUGUAGCUUUGGAUUUGGGGUCGACUGCCAAAGCUAUCCCAAAACCUACAACGCAUGCUGCAACUCCUAAGCCAAGCACGCCUUCGAAUAAGCCAUCCGCCGCCACGUCUGUAUUGAACACAGACAAGUCUGCAUUGGACACAGACAAGCCUGUAUUGAACACGGACAAGUCUGAAUCCCGCAAGUCAAAGCAUAAAGAUACGCCCAAAAGCAAAAGUGACAAAAAGAAAAACAAGUAAUUUAUUACUAAAGGUGGCGAAUGAAUGUCGAGGGGAUUGUGCCAGUGCAAUAUGCGUUUUAUGGAAACGAUAUAUCAUUCAAACUUUGUUUCUAUUGACUAGGUCAGCUACAAGCAUGUUUUUAGAAAAUAAAGUUUUUAUGGUGCUUAUAUC